AUGAAGUACGAGCGCAUGGCCAUCGAGAUUGAGUCGCCUGAGGACGUCGACGACGUCCUCAUCACUUCAGGUGCCGCCGGUGCUUUGUUCAUCAUCGCUACGUCACAGCUAGGCGCCAUGCAUGGCUCGGAGCCCAAUCACUUAGUCGUUGUGCGCCCUAACUAUGCGACCAACUUGGAAACACCAAAGGCUGUGGGUUGCCAAAUUUCUUACAUCGACGUUACCUUUGAGUCCGGCUUCCAGCCCAAUAUUGAUGAGAUUGAGGCUGCUAUCAAGCCCAACACUCGGCUCGUCUCCGUGACAUGCUCCCACAAUCCGACUGGCUCUACUCUAUCCAGAGAGGCGCUUGACCGGUUAGUUGCUAUCACAAAGCAAAAGGGUAUUCUUUUGCUUGUAUAUGAGACCUAUCGUGAUAUUGUUUUUCCUCAGAAGCUCCCUGUGGCAGCAUCCUUGGGAGAUCAUGUCUUGAGUGUUAGCUCAUUGUCCAAGUCAUUCGGAAUCCCUGGAGUUCGUAUCGGCUGGCUCAUUACCACCAAUCAGCAACUUCAGGAGAUGUUCUUAGCAGCGAAAGAGCAGAUCAGUAUCAGCGGCAGUGUCAUUGACGAGUGGAUUGCCACUCAGGUUCUCGCCCGUCGACAGCAGAUCCUUGCCAACACCACGGAGGAAAUGAGGAUUCGUCUUCGAAUGGUCGAGUCGUGGAUCAGUAGCGAGGAGCUGCUAGAAUGGGUUAAGCCGACUGGCGGUGUGGUCUGUUUUCUCAGAAUCAAAAAGGAGCCCAGUGGUGGAUUUCCGGCAUUCUACAACAGGUUGCUCAAGAAUUAUGCUACUUAUGUUGGCCCAGGUCACUGGUUCGAACUGCCUGAUUGCUUUUUCCGGCUCGGAUAUGGUUGGCCGACACGCGAGGAGUUAGAGGGAGGUUUGAAAGCUAUCUCAGCAGCUUUGCGAGAGGAAUAA